AUGGGUGCUGUAGAAAAUCCUGUAAACAAUAAAGAAUAUCGGAUACCGGGAGAGGCAAAGGAGAUUUUGAAAUCAUUGGCAUCCAAGUGGGAAGAUGUGGCUGAUGCGAAUUCUUUGCAGGUGAUCCCUUUAAAGGGUGCAAUGACCAAUGAGGUUUUCCAAAUAAAGUGGCCGACAAAGACAGAGAAUGUGUCGCGGAAGGUUGUAGUCAGGAUCUAUGGUGAAGGUGUGGAGGUGUUCUUUGAUCGAGACAAUGAGAUUCUUACAUUUGAGUUCAUGUCGAAGCAAGGACAGGGACCUCGUCUACUUGGGCGGUUCUCAAAUGGACGGAUUGAAGAGUUCAUCCAUUCACGGACACUAUCAGCCUCUGAUAUGCGUGAUCCAGAUACAUCCGCUCUCAUAGCAACUAAAAUGAAGGAGUUUCAUGGUCUUGAGAUGCCAGGUCCAAAGAAUGUCACCCUGUGGGAUAGAUUGCGAAAUUGGCUCAAAACAGCUAAGAGUUUGUGUACUCCGGAAGAAGUUAAAGCCUUCCGCUUGGAUUCCAUUGAGGAGGAAAUUUCCUUAUUGGAAAAGGAACUCUCAGGAGAUCAAUUUAUAGGGUUUUGUCAUAAUGAUUUACAAUAUGGCAACAUAAUGAUUGAUGAGGAGACAAGAUCAAUCACUAUAAUUGACUAUGAGUAUGCAAGUUACAACCCUAUUGCCUUUGAUAUAGCAAACCACUUCUGUGAGAUGGCUGCUGAUUAUCAUACAGAUACCCCCCAUAUUUUGGACUAUAGUAAAUACCCUGAUUUGGAAGAGCGUCGAAGAUUUAUUCGCAUAUAUCUGAGUUCCUCAGGUGGUCUACCUACCGACAUUGAAGAAGAGCAGCUACUUGAAAAUGUUGAGAAGUAUAAGCUUGCAAACCAUCUUUUUUGGGGUUUAUGGGGGAUAAUAUCGGAACAUGUCAACGAAAUUGACUUUGACUACAUGGAAUAUGCAAGGCAGAGGUUUGAACAAUACUGGUUAACGAAGCCUGCUUUAUUGGGUUCUUCAGGAACCACCCCUGAUGCGGUUAUGACUGAUGGUAAUUUUACUAUCUGA